CAACUGCGGAAGAAUAAAGUUUCCUGCCGUGUGUUUUUGUUGUCGCUUGGUUUCUUCUGUUAUUGUUUCCAGCUAAAUAUAUUUGCGCAAACCACCAUGAGACGAACCAGAUGUUCGAGGAAUGCUAGUCAGAAUACAGUAGAAAAUGGAGACGUCAAGUCCAAAACAGUGUGGCAGUGGAAAGGAGAUGAAGGACAGUGGGAAUCGUACCCGCCUUCAGCCUGCGCCUUGCUGGAUUCGACCGUCUCAUCAGGAAAGACAUCAGUCACGCUGACCUUCGGAUCGGGGACGAAAUAUGAAGUUGAUCUGAAGAAGAUGGUCCAGAUCAAUCCCGUGACGAAGUACAAGAGAAAGAUUCGCUCUCAGACUGUAAACGCUGACAGCUUAGGUGAAGCUGGAGACAAGCCUGCUAAAUCAGGACAACCUGCUCCAGACAAAGAGGAAGAGGAGGAGACCGAAGAGCAGCCAGCAGCUAAGAAGAAACGAGGGCAAAGCAGGAGUGAGACAAAACUUGAAAAGACGCCUAAAGAGGAAGCAAAAAGUGAAGAGGUGGUGCGGACGGUGGUGAUGAAGGGCAAAGCUCCGGUGGACCCAGAGUGCAAAACUAAACUCGGAAAGGCUCAUGUUUACUGUGAAGGAACCGACGUGUAUGACGUGAUGCUAAACCAGACAAAUCUUCAGUUCAACAACAACAAAUAUUACCUGAUCCAGCUGUUGGAGGACGACAGCUCCCAGGUUUACAGCGUGUGGAUGAGAUGGGGCAGAGUGGGCAAAGUGGGUCAGAACAGCCUCGUCACCUGCGGAGGAGAUCUGCUGAAGGCCAAGGAUGUCUUCAAGAAAAAAUUCCUGGACAAGACGAAGAACGAGUGGGAGCACCGGGGGAGUUUCGAGAAAGUAGCUGGAAAAUACGACAUGGUGUUCAUGGACUACAACACGGAUGAAAAGGAGGAGAACCAGACCGCGGUAGAUGCUGCACAGAAAAAGAAGCCGUCCAGGCUGGACGCCAGAGUUCAGUCGCUUCUCGAGCUCAUCUGUGACCUGAAGGCCAUGGAGGAGUGCGUGCUGGAGAUGAAGUUUGACAUCAAGAAAGCUCCUCUUGGGAAGCUGACCACAGCGCAGAUCCGCGCUGGCUACGUCGCCUUGAAGAAAAUCGAGGACUGCUUGAAGAGGAAAGGCGGCAGUCGGGAGCUGCUGGAGGCCUGCAACCAGUUUUACACCCGCAUCCCACAUGACUUUGGCUUGAGAACUCCUCCAAUCAUCCGCUCCGAAGAGGAGCUGAAGGAAAAAAUCGCUCUGUUGGAGGCGCUAAGUGACAUCCAGAUUGCUGUGAAAAUGGCCCAGUUGAACGCAGACAGCGACGAGCAUCCGUUGGACAGUCAGUACCACUCCCUCCAGUGCAAACUGCAGCCUCUGGACUCCAGCAGCCAUGAGUACAAGGUGGUAGAAAAGUACCUGCAGUCCACUCACGCCCCCACCCACGGUGACUACACCAUGACCGUCCUCGAUGUCUUCUCGGUGGACCGAGACAAGGAGAGCGACAGUUUCCUUUCCCACUUGCACAACAGGACCCUGCUGUGGCACGGUUCCCGCCUUUCCAACUGGGUCGGCAUCCUUGGUAAGGGCCUCCGAGUAGCUCCACCUGAGGCCCCCGUCACUGGCUACAUGUUCGGUAAAGGCAUCUACUUCGCUGACAUGUCAUCAAAAAGCGCCAACUACUGUUUUGCCAACCAGAGCAACCAUGUUGGACUGCUGCUUCUGUGUGAGGUGGCUCUGGGAGACUGUAACGAGCUGCUGGACGCCGACUACGAGGCCAAUAAUCUGCCGGCAGGAAAACACAGCACCAAGGGCCUGGGUCGAACUGGACCUGACCCCAAAAACGCUGUCACGCUGAACGGUGCGACGGUUCCACUGGGCCCCCCGGUGAAAUCUGGAGUGGGUACAACCAGCGGCUACUCCCUCCUCUACAACGAGUUCGUAGUUUAUAACCCGGCUCAGGCUCGGAUGAGGUACCUGCUGCGGGUCCAGUUUAACUACUCGUCCCUGUGGUGA